AUGAAGUCUAAUGAUGCAAAUGAUAUAUGGAACAAAGGUGUGGUGGGUAUGAAUAAAUCAGCAGGGAAAAAGCGGGAAAAUAUAGACAUCAUGGACAGCACAAAUGAGAAGAAAAGAAAUCCACCUCCAAAUCCUACUUUAACCGAAAAGUCCAAAGAAAUUGCUACUACAACUGAGGAAGUGUUGCAUACGGUUACUGAACUUUUGAUAACCGAACCCCAGAAUCGUUUAGGAUUUGUGGAUCUUAUUUUCGGAGGUCUAAAUUACUCAAUAUCCUUAAAUACGAGUGAUUUAGCAAACUUUGACAAAUACAUUGAGAACGAAGAUGAAAAACAAGUUACAAGGCAUGUGAAUGUAAUUGCACAUGGAUCAGUACAAAAAGGUUCGUUUGAUCCUAAAACACAUAUUAUAACAAUGCUUUGA